AUGGCUCAAUUGGACUCAGAAGCAGGAUAUGAGCUUCGGAAUAUAACCGAGCAGCUGGACGGUAUAUUGUCCGAUCCAGAUACGAUUUUGGCGAGCAUCGAAAAUGAUCCAAAACUCACGUUUCCCAGUGAAGUGAGUAGCCCUGAAUCGGGUGACGUGCAGGCACUUCUGGCGCGAGAAGCACAACUGAGCAAACAGCUCCUGAUUUAUCGUGAACUAGACUUGAUCUCGGAACUACUGGAAGAAGUAAAGUUGAACUUCCAACUUUGGGAACUCGAAAACUGUUUUUACUCUUUGCAAAACAUUCGCAAAAAGUUGGACCAAGUGGACCUUUCUAAACUCCCGAUGCAAUUUCAGGAAUCACUGAAGCUACAUAUCGACGAGUUUCAUCUCAAUCUGGUUUCUCAUUGCGAUUCCGCCAUGCGUCAGUUUUGGAAAAUAGGUGCUGGAUUCAUAUCUUUCAACCGCACUAUCACAGUAGGAGAAGAGCAGCUUGAGCUGGAAUAUACCCAGUUCAAACAGUUUUUGAAAGCCUGUUUUUUCUCGGAGGGCCGCUUUGAACCGAACAUUUGGUUUAUCUCGUCGCUCAACAUGAGCGAUGUUAAAGAAACUCUUAUUAAGCAGCUUUCAAAAAUUCAUAAUGACUAUUGCGAGCUACAAGUGGUACAGGGAAAGUUGAAGUCAUUUUUGUUCUCGUCUAAUGUCUGUCUAAAAAUAAAAGACAACGAUACGCUGGAAACUAUAUCUGAGCGUUGUAAUCUGCAUGAAAUCAUCAAUAGCUUUGGAGCAGUUGUAGAAUUUCUUUCUGAAACUGUUACUACCGCUGACGCGGGCAUUAUAUUGUCUCGCUUAGGGAAUACUAUUGUUGUAGAGAUAAUCAAGUUUUUCAAGCAAAACUCUAACCAAUUACUAGCAGCUGAAAGCCAGCAUAAGGAUGAACUGUUAGUGUUAAAUGAGAAGCUGAAACUGCUGUCCGAAAAAGUAGGCGAUAAAUGGCUAUACUAUGGUAGGGAAUUUGACACACUAUUGAAUGACGACUCUGUGAUCAACAAUCUUAAACUGGAUAAAAUAUUGCAGGUGCAGAACACUAGAAUAAGAGAGGCUUUCAAAAGCGCAGAUUGGCAAACCACCAAAGUUAUCACGAACUUUUUGCAAGAUAAAGUGUCCGCAAAUUCUGCUCAGCCGGAAAUGCCAAAGGAGGUAGAAGAAAAUCAAAAUUUGGAGGAUGAAUGGGGUUGGGGCCACGACGACGCAACAAUAGACCACCAUGAUGAAGAAGAAAAUAACGGAUGGGAUGACGAAAUUGAGCUAGCAUUAGAGACCAAUGCGGCGGAGCAGACACCCGCAAAAUCCAAGCUAGCCACUCAAGUCGAGGGCAGUGACGAUUGGCAACAUGCCUGGGAUGAAUCCAUCAGCGUUAGUGAAGAUUCUAAUGCAAAAGUAACAAUAACACAAAUACCGGCUCUAUGUCUCCAGAUGUUGUCGGACUUCGAGCUUGGAUGUGACGAGAUAGGCAGAGCAAAGAUUGAGUCCAUUUUAGACUACAAGCUGAACCUUUUACUUACAUCUUUUAUGGCCAUGUGCAUGUGCAAGUACAAAGACUGGUGGCAGCUUUAUCAUGACGUGGAGUAUAUCGUUGCAGAAUAUCCGAAUAAACGGAAGGUCUUCCGGCUCCAAGAACUGAACUCACACUUUGUUAGGGCACAUGUGGAGAACCUGAAGAAAACAAUGAAGACGUUGAUGAAUCGUCAAUUCAAAAGUUUCUUAGAACACGAUAAAAACCCCAACUGGACUGUUACGAUCGAGUCCCUUCUGCCCUACGUUGAGGGCGUAGCUCUCCCAGCCAUAUUCAAGCUCCACAACCCCCGAAUUUUGAGCGAGUUCGUCAAUUACAUCUACGUGGACUGUUUUGUCGAUACGGUUAUGUCCUGGCGCCUGAUCUCCGAGAGAAACUCGGAGAAUCUGGCAGAGUUGAUAAAACUGCUCCUGACCAGUACCAAUCAUCCGCAACUGGAGUCUGACGCCAAUUGUAAGCAUUCUCGCGAAAAAUUGGCAAUUGUCGGUGAAAUAUUGACGGCUCAUUUGACCCACAUUAUGGACAUGUUCUCGAAUGGGGAUUUUUAUCUUUUUUCAACAGACGAGAUUGUUCAGUGGAUCGUGAUGCUUUUCGCAGACACUGGCUUGAGGAGAGAGUGCAUUGACGAAAUAAGAACAAUUCGAGAGGAAAGGAGCGGUUGA